AACCGGACCCUCUGCCAGGGAUGUCGACGAGCCGGAGUCCCUGAAACCUCCGCCAACCCGGGAUGCAGCCUUUAUACGGACUGAUAUGUGUUUUCCUGCGCGAGUGCGGGCUGCCUUUUCCUUCGUUUUUUUUUUUUUUUUUAAAUAUUGUUUUUUCUUUUUUUCUUUCCCUUCUCCUCCUCCUGCACGCAGCAUAUAGUGGACCUGGAUGCCGUGUGGGCGAUGCAGUCACAAGGGAUAUAUUGUGAUUUGGCGGAGAUGUGUUCGCCACCAUUGCAUUGAUUAAAAACAAGUAAAGGAGGUAACGAGGGAUCUAAUAAGAUAUCGCCACCUGUUACCAGAAAAUCAGACUUCACCUCUGUGGAAGAGCAGAAUGUUUUCUUAGCCCCAUCCUCCUUGAUGCUGCAGCGCAGCCACAGUUCAGGGACCUUUAGAAGAAAUUCCAUCCUCCAAACGAUAACCUCAAUCUGCUCUCCAGCAUUGGCUCUACUGGGAAUAGCGCUGCUUACACAUACACACAGCCAGCCAGGAGGAGUGACAGUGUUGCUCUCCCGCCGCCCAAAUCUGACAACCAUGAUCCUGAGAGGCCCCCUGCUACGGCUUAGAUCAGGGAUCAGCUCGCCGCUCGAUGGCUAGACCUCAACACUCAAAGAGCUGGAGGCCUUUCUGAUGAGAAUCUCUCACUGCAUUGUAGCACAUGGAUUUCAAGACUUCAAAUGAAGAGACAAAGACUGGGAUUUAUUUGAUGCAAGAAGGUAAUGAGGAGCCAUUUAAUAUUCGACUACACUUGGCCAAAGAUAUUCUUAUCCUUCAAGAACAAGAUGUCAUCUGCAUUUCAGGAGAACCUUUUUAUUCAAGCGAGAGGACUGUAACAAUCAGACGGCAAACGAUUGGAGGGUUUGGUCUCAGCAUCAAGGGUGGAGCAGAGCACAAAAUCCCUGUUGUGAUAUCAAAAAUAUCAAAAGAACAAAAAGCUGAACUCUCUGGGCUGCUUUUCAUCGGAGACGGCAUCCUUCAGAUAAAUGGAAUAAAUGUCAGAAGCUAUCGCCACGAGGAAGUGGUGCAGGUUUUGAGAAACGCAGGUGAAGAGGUGACCCUAACGGUGUCGUUCCUGAAGAAGACUCCAGCCUUUUUGAAACUGCCGCUGUGUGAGGACUGCACAUGCAUUCCCAGUGACCAGAGUAGUGGGACAUCAUCUCCUUUGUGUGACAGCGGCCUGCACUUAAACUACCACCCCAACAACACGGACACGUUGUCCUGCUCGUCCUGGCCCACUUCCCCGGGGCUUCGGUGGGAGAAGAGAUGGGUGGACCUGCGCCUUAUUCCUCUGUUACACUCACGCUUGUCGCAGUAUAUCCCCGGCUCUGACGUUUGCAGGAAAAAUGCUUUCCAAGUCAUAGCUGUGGACGGAGUUUGCAGCGGAGUCGUACAGUUUCCCACUGCUGAAGACUGCUUGGACUGGCUUCAGGCAAUAGCAAGCAACAUCUCCAGUCUCACCAAGCACAAUGUGAAGAAAAUUAACAGGAAUUUUCCAGUAAACCAGCAGAUUAUCUACAUGGGCUGGGUCGAUGAGAAGGAGCAGGACUCUGUUCAGGACAGGAUGUACUCACCAAAGUUCCUCGCUCUGAGGGGUUCCUCCCUCUUCAAGUUCACAGCUCCUCCCGUGACAACGUGGGACUGGACCAGAGCAGAGAAAAGCUUUACCGUGUAUGAAAUAAUGUGCAAAAUUUUAAAGGACGGUGACCUUUUGGACAAAAGGAGACACUGCUUCAGUGUUCAGACAGAGAGUGGGGAGGACAUGUUCUUCAGCGUAGAGCUGGAGUGUGAACUGCUGAUCUGGGAAAAGGCUUUUCAGAUGGCCACGUUUCUGGAGGUGGAGAGGAUACAGUGUAAAACAUAUGCUUGCAUAAUGGAGAGCCACCUCAUGGGACUUACAGUUGACUUCAGCAUGGGAUUUGUGUGCUUCGAUGCUGCUUCAAAGGCAAUACUGUGGAGAUACAAAUUCUCCCAGCUAAAAGGAUCCUCUGAUGAUGGAAAAAGCAAGAUCAAAUUUUUAUUCCAAAAUACAGAAUCCAAGUCUAUUGAAGCAAAGGAGCUGGAGUUCUCAAACCUCUUUGCUGUUCUUCACUGUAUUCACGCUUUCUUUGCUGCCAAAGUUGCUUGUCUGGACCCAGUGUUUGUGGAGAGCCAAGGCAGCGCUACGACUGCUGGGAUUCCUUCUCUGUCCAGCCUCUCUUGCAACUCACAGACUCCAAAACUGAAAUACACCACUUGACAGGUGCUGCUGUCUCCGGACCUCUUUUAAAAGACCAGAAUCGCCUCAGACGACGGACAGCUGAACGAGGAUCAAGGCUAUAAGUGUGUCGCAGAUAGCUGGACGCGUUAGUAGAAUAAAGACCUCUUUGUGAGUAUUACACUUGAUAUCUCUGAAGACUUCAGGAAUUACUUUGGACCUGACUUUGAACCUCUUCUUUGAAAACCUUCUGAGAGCGACUCGAUGGACAUGAAAUGGGUUUUUGUCUUUCUUUCAAGCCUCAGACAACCACAUGAUUAUCAUAUCAAACAGAGAUUGCUGGUAAUUUCCCUCAGUAGUUUGUCUUUUUUCUGUGAAACUUCACUGAAAAUCUUGGGCUUGAUGCAUAAAGAUGUGCACACUCAUGGCUCUAUGGUUUGUACUCAUAAAAGCAUAUGAAUUACUUUCUGUAGACUACCAAAUCCUUCAUUUGCAUUGGAAGCUAAGUACAAAUUUACUUAAGAUUAUUAAUUAGCAUGGGAUUUUCUUAACAUCACAAACUGACUCUUUAUUUUUUAUCUGGGGAUAGUAAGGUGGGAUUUUCUCUUGGGAUAACAGCCUUAUCUUAGUCUGCGAGCUAAUUUGGAUGUGAUUUUUUUUUUUCCCAAGGUCACAAGUUGAAUAUUCGUUCGUCUUAAGAAAGCAAGCCAUUUUUAUUUCUUUGUCCCUCAAAAACAACAUCCAUUUUCUUUGAAUAAUGAGUUUAAUUGCUUUUAUUAUUAAUUUAAAUGUGAUUUUCUUUCGAUUGCAGGCUGAAUAUUCUUUUAUCUUGAGCGAACUGACCUAUUGAUUAUGGUGCAAAUGAUUAUUUUGCACCAUAACCAUUAAAGAAGGCACAGUUUCAUUGUUCACUGUCAUUGUCAUGACACUUCAGUUUGGUGCCACAGUAGUUCGAUGAUCUUUAAUGGGUCAUUUUCACAUUUAGAAAUCUGUCCGUUUUAUAUUCUUUGUUUGCUUUUGUUUCAAGAUUCCAAACUUAUUUAAAGUUAUCUCAAGAAAGUAAAUAUUUUUAUGCCAAAACAACUAAAUGUACUGAACAUAAUAUCAUUGUUAAAUUCAUAUGAUUACAUAAAAUGUCUUGUUUUCAAAUAUUGAGGCAAAUAACCCAUUAUCACUAGAUAACAUUUUCUGAGCAGGACUUUUCUCAGUUUCAUUGCAAAAAUCUCAAUAAUUAUGAAAGAACUCCUUUUUUGUACUAUAAAUAUAUAGCCUGACAGGAAACCCUCUAUUUGGGAUAUAUACAUUGAGUACAGUAUGGUAUUCAAAUAGUUAGUUCUCAUUUAUGUUCUAGUAAAACCUUUUACAAUCAUGAUAAAUUAUCUCCACAUUUUUCAAAUUUUGCUUCAUUCUAUUUGACUGAAAUCACUCGCUAAAUAAAUGGUCUGAAAAAUGGGGCUCAAUAUUCCCAUAGCAUAAAUAGUUGAAGGCAUAUGUAUGUUUUUUCUGUGUGUGUGUGUGUGUGUGUGUGUGUGCAUAUGCAUGCGUGUGUGUACACAUGAUUUAUGCAUCUAGCCUCUGGAGUUAAAAAUAUGAAAAAGCACUUUUUUCUAAAACAUGUAAACUUGUUCAAAGAAAAAAAAAGCCUUGACUGGAUUAUAGUCAAGGCUUAAAUGAGUGACAUUACACUCAUUUUAAGUGUUUUUGUGUUUUUAAACGGACAAUGUAAUUCAAGACUCAUUUAAAGUCAGAUUUAUUUCCCUCAGUUUAGAGUCCACAUAUAACUAAAAAGCAACAUUGUUGGUGAGAGAAAUGUAUGUUUUAGGUUGUUUCCUGUGUUGUUCUUGCCUGACACUCAGCAUUGUGAAGUAUAAACACAUCUACCGAUCUGCGAAUCGGUAGAUGUGCGAUCUGCGAAAUGUGUGAGCAUUUGUGAGUGCGAAUGGGUGAAUGUGACUCUAGUGUAAAGCGCUUUGAGUGGUCAAAAUGAUUGAAAAAGCGCUAUAUAAAUUCAGUCCAUUUACCAUUUACCAUCUGUUUUUGGGUCAGGUUGGCUGAAAGUCUAUUGCUGUUUAUUUUGUUGGUGGAUAAAGAAGAUGACUUUGAAUAUCUGGUUCAUCAUAAGUAGUCUCAAUUGGACAAACAACAACAACAAAAAAACAAUUUCUGUUUAUAAUAUCUCUUCUCAAAACAAUUAUGUAAAUAAACACUGACAUUUGAAUAAACUCGGAUAACUAUAAGCAUAACCUGAAGGACUGUCACUACUACUUGGCAUUAAGGUAUUAAAUAUUUGUUGCGUGCCAGAGGUAAAGAAGCUCAUACACUGAUGCUCUCUUUGUCAUUUACUCUUCGAACCAUUUAGAAGUAUAAAAUCGGCCAUGGUGUAUUUUUUUAUGGUUGCUUAAGAUUACCCUGUAAAUAUUGCAUUAAUGAGAAUUGGUCGGGAGGAAAUCAGAAAUAUCCAAUAUUCUAGCUUAAAAUGCUUUCAGUUACCCCUUUAACCUGUCUCUGUUUCAAACUGUUUGUAAAUGCUGUAGAGUGGCAGCUAAACUAUCAUAAUCACAAAGAGUUCAGGUCAAUUAAAGUAAUUAUUCACACUCUUACCUCCUAUUUACAGAGGAGGAGGCCCCUGAGUAAGAGAAACUCUGGAGGAUAGCAAAUUAAAAGGGGUCAAAGUCUUUUCGUGCUGUGCAGCCUUGUUAAGGCGUCUGAUGGAAAGCGAUGGUGGUGCAGUCUAUGCAAAGAAAGUCUGUGUGAUGCUUUUGUGCUUUAAAAACAAUCUUGAUAAGAAAUAACCGUGCCACACAGGAUCCUUGAAGGUAAGGUUGACUUUAUUUUUAUUUUAUUAUUAUUUUUUUUUUUUGCAGAUGUUUUAAUAACAGAUAUGCAGUGAAAUAAAUCAAUAAAUGAGAACUUUUGUAUCACGGCUCAGUCAUGAGUGAAUUUACUUUGCUCAAAUACAAUCCUAUGGUAUCCCAUGGUUUAAAUA